AUGCACACGCGCGCGCACAGCCGCUCUCCCUCAGACACACUGGAGGGAAAGGUCAAACUAAAGGCGAGGGAGCAGAGAGACCGGAGGGAGCCGCUGCCGCCGCCGCGCGCCAUGACGGACGCGGCGGAGGCUGCUUUCUCAGUGCGGACGCCGCCAAGCCCCAGCUCUCGCCGCGCCCCCUGCCCCCCGCCCCUCGCGCGCCCCUCACCCCGGCGCUGGCGCGUCCCCGCGCCCCCUCCCCCGGCCGCUCCAGGCGCGCCUCGGGCCCGGGGCGCCGGGAGCGGGAGGGUGGGGGCCGCGGGGGGCGGGCGGCCUCGUCGCCCGACCCCCCGACCCCCCGACCCCCCGACCCCGGGCCAGGUGUCUUCAGAAUUCAGGAAAGUAGAUGGCACUGCAGACAUUACCAUUCCCUGUGACUCUUGCUACGAUCUUACAGACUUCAGUAUGCCAGACUUAGAUGUCUUCAGGGUCACCAGGGAGAAGAAAACAGAAGAAAACUUAUUUUGCAUAUGUUGGAAAAAUGUAUCCUCAUGUAGGAUAUCAGGGUAAUAUCUUUAAUGUUUCAUACUUACCAAGAUAAAUUUGUAAUGCAUAUUUUCUUUUUAAAUUGGAUUAUUUAGGAGAAAUUGCACUUGGUGAACCACUUUUUAAUUAUUAGCAUUAACUUUAUCAUUUUUAUUUCAAGAUGUCACAGGUAUUGUUCAGCACUAGAAAUUAUAUAAAUUAUUAGCCAAAGAUGAUGACUGGCAACAUUUAUGUCUGU